AUGCUAACGUUAUCCAACUAUCAUUCAGUAGAUGCAACAAUCACUGAUGAUGAUGAUGAUGAUGAUGAUGAUGAUGAUGAUGAUGAUGAUGAUGAUGAUGAUGAUGAUGAUGAUGAUGAUGAUGAUGAUGAUGACUCGGAUGAUGAUGAUGAUGAUGAUGAUGAUGAUGACUCGGAUGAUGAUGAUGAUGAUGAUGAUGAUGAUGACUCGGAUGAUGAUGAUGAUGAUGAUGAUGAUGAUGAUGAUGAUGAUGAUGAAGAUGAAUUGCUCUAUAAAGUUGCAUCCGUUCACGGAGUGUGUGUAGGGUGCAAGAUAAGUUAA